GUAACUGUGCGAGGUUUUGGCGGGAAGGUUGUGUUGUUGUUAUUGUAUCACAUGGUGAGCAUGGCGAUGGUGCAGUCUUAUGACCCGGACCUCCUCCCUGACCUCCUCCCAGUCUACUACAGGAGGCUUUUCCCAUACUCUCAAUACUACACCUGGCUCACCUAUGGACAAGCUCCUAAGAACUACUUUCAAAAACGUGAAUUCUCCUUCACCCUUGCUGAUGAUAUAUAUCUGCGCUACCAGUCAUUUAAAGAUGAAGAAGACAUGGAGAAGGAGAUUAAGAAGCACUGUCCCCAUAAGAUUGAUAUUGGAGCAGUCUACUCGUUCAGACCCAAGGACCAUCGCACAGUCUCAGUAUUUACACCCCAAGAGAAGGAACUUGUGUUUGAUAUUGACAUGACCGAUUAUGAUGAGGUACGGACUUGUUGCUCUGGAGCAGAAAUUUGUCACAAGUGUUGGAAGUUCAUGACUAUUGCUGUCAAGAUCUUGGAUUCUGCUCUGAGACAGGAUUUUGGGUACCAGCACAUCCUGUGGGUGUACUCUGGUCGUCGUGGCAUACAUUGUUGGGUGUGUGAUGAAAGUGCCCGCACAUUGUCACAGUCAGCUAGAUCAGCUUUAGCUGAAUACCUUCAAUUGAUUCGUGGAGGUGAAAAUAUGACAAAGAAAGUUAACAUCUCUCAAAAGCUUCAUCCUUCUCUCAAACGCGCUGAAGGAAUUGCCAAGAAGUACUUUAAUGAUCUGAUUUUAGAGGAUCAAGAUCUGUUAGGCACUCCUGAGCUUUGGAGUAAAAUUCUUUCCCUGAUUCCUGACCAAACAUUACGCGAGUCUUUAGAGAAGACUAUGCCACAAUGCAGCAACUCAAAACAGCGAUGGAACACUAUCCAAACAGAGAUUACCAGAGCACUUAAUAAGGCUGACCACAAAAAGGGUUUUCGACCACACCUUCUGACAGAGAUCAUCCUUCAGCUUGUUUAUCCAAGAUUGGACAUACAUGUUACAAAGGGUCUUAACCACUUACUGAAGUCACCAUUCUGUGUCCACCCAAAGACUGGACGUGUGUGUGUUUGCUUUGACCCGCAGAAAGCUGAACAGUUCGAUCCGAUGGCUGUUCCAAACUUAAGUCAAUUAGUAGAAGAGAUCAACAGUUUUGAUGCUGGAAAGACAGAUGAGGAACGUGGAGCUGUGGCAGAAUAUAAAAAAACAUCAAUGAAAGAAUCUAUGGCUGUGUUUGAAUCCUUCCUGUCUGCUUUGGCAAAGGAAAAUGCUUCCCGGCGUAGAGAUGAAAAUGAAAUGAAGUUGGACUUUUAGUACUGGUUGCAAAGGAAUGGAGAAUAACAAGAAAAACACAUUGUCUAUAGCAGGAACCUCAGUUUAUUUAAUAUUUCAUUCAUGCACCUUUUGCAGGAAUGACAUGAAAUUACACUUUUAUACAGAGAAAA